UACUUUGGUAAUAUCCACCAACAUGUAGACACCUCUAUGUAUAUAUAUGGACCAAAUCUUUGAUGUGACAACCCCAAUGAUAGAUGAUGACAAACUUCAUUCACAAACUCAGUUCAAUUGGUUACUUAAAAUUAGAGGCCGGAAUGUCCUCAAGUUGUCGGCAUCGAAGAGAAUCGGCAAUGUAAAUUGAUAAAUGAUGGCCAUGAGUUUACCCCUCCUCUUUCUCAAAAGGGCCAACAAAAAUAAAACAAUUUGAAAGAGGCAAAUUUCAGCAUGUAUAAGAUUUCAACCCACAUAGACAUUUUGGAUCAUGAAUCAAUGGAUACCAAGAAAGGAAACAAGCCUCCCUCAAAAGUUGUGACUGAUAGCCUUUCAAUGGACUCACUCUCUUUUAGUGGCUAUGUUUCUAUUCAAGACCAACAACAAAACUUCCCUUCUCCUCCUAACCAGGCUAAACACUUCCAGGUAAGCAAACUUGACCUAGAUUUCGAAUUUACGAACCCUAAAGCAAACUUGAAUUCAGCUGUCAAUCCAAUCAAGAUCACACCUGCUGAUCAGCUUAUUUCCAAUGGUCAACUUCAACCAAAAGCAUUUGCAUUUCAAACAACUCCUCAGUCUGUGAUCAUAAAUCCAACCAGUUCAUCAAGAUCAUUACUAGCAACUCAUAUCAGUAGUGAAAUGUCAAGUGGGAAAAAGGGCAGCACUGUGAAAUAUCAUGAACUUGGCAAAGCAAGCAAACAUGCAACAAACAAGCAAAGCACUGUGAAAAGGAAAGGAUUUGGCCAGAAAGUGAAAUCUUUUCUGUCACCGUGCCGUGAAUGCAAAAUCGUUAAGCCAUGUGCUGUUAAAGCACAGACUGUUCAAAGAGAAAAUUUCAAAAUAUAUUGAUACAAGACUUAUCCUUUAUGCAAAUAUUUCUUGCAAGACCAGAAAAUGUCAUCAGGAAUCUGCCUUUUUCUAGUUUACUGUCAGAAAAAAGUAUAGGUGAUGUGCUUCAUUUCAGCAUCAGUUACUGCAGUACUAGGUUAUAUUAGCAUCAACUGAUCAAAAUAAUAAACCUUUAUGCUAUGGAUAUUUUCUCUCAUUUUUACUUUAUUUGGUUUAGUCGAAGCUAUAAACUUUCUAUUUGAUAUAAACUUGCCGAUCACUAGUUAUAUGGCUUGAUAUAGAUUUUUAGUCAGCUUCAUAUCUACAGAGUUAUAAGCGCAUAUAACCUAGAGGCCUAAUUAUUUUACAUGCUAGAUAAUAGGUAUUACUGAGUAAAGCUCUAGUGCUUGUCAAAGAAAAAAAAAUUGCAUCCUUUUUCUUCCUUGUGUUUCUUGAAAAUAUGCAGAACUACACUCAGUUUGCGUGUAUCGCAUCUGCUAUUAGGGGUUGCGACUGAAAUCCCUGAAUUAUCCUUUAUUGCAAUGAUCUGUUUCUAUUUUAAAGGUAUAUUGGUCUUUUCGAUCUAUUUUAAGUAA